CGCGAGUCACGGGCCAAGAUCUUGCUCCAAGUGACAUCCUCUUCCCAUGGAAUCUCCUGACAACGAGCGCGAGCCUCUGCUUUGACCUGCACAGAAGCAAGAGACUUCGGUCUCUAAUCGCCUCACGACAUGGCACGCCCAAGAGGAACGUCGGCCGCAUCCGACAACAGUUCGGUGCCUGAUCAACACCAGGAAUUAGGCAGCAUGUAUGAUUAUCUGGCCAAAGUCGUUCUCAUCGGGCCCUCUGGAACCGGCAAAUCCUGUCUCUUGCACCGUUUUGUCAAGGCCGAAUGGCGCGUCCUCUCCUCACAAACGAUCGGCGUCGAAUUCGCCUCCAAGAUUGUCAAAGUUGGGUCAGGCUCGAAUCGGCGGAGGAUUAAACUACAACUCUGGGAUACGGCGGGAACCGAAAGAUUUCGCAGUGUCAGCCGCAGUUACUAUCGAGGCGCUGCCGGCGCAAUACUCGUCUACGAUGUCUCCAACCUCGCAACCUUUAAUGCCUUGCCUACCUUCUUAUCAGACGCCCGCGCCCUUGCCAGUCCAAAUUUAGCUUUGAUCCUCGCUGGCAACAAAAAUGAUUUGGCAGAUACCUCGAGCAAGACACAGGCGCAACAUAUCAAUGGGGCUACGUCACACCGUGGCACGCAAUCAGACACUUCUGGAGGAGCCACUCCUUCGAGUGCCUCGAGCCGACAGUCGUACUUGCCAUAUGAUGCUAGUGGAGGGACAAGCUCAACGAGAUCGCGUGGUGGCUCCGUCAACCUCACUGGUCAGAAAUGGACUGCAACCGUGGCUGAAGGCCGAGAGGUGAGCCCAGAGCUGGUUUCACGUUGGGCAUCCAAGGCACUCGUUCCUGUUACAAUGGAGGUGUCUGCUCUGACGGGAGACAAUGUGGAUGAACUCUUCAACCGACUUGGGCGCAUGAUCCUCACCAAGAUUGAAUUGGGCGAAAUUGACCCCGAUGACCCAGCUAGCGGCAUUCAAUACGGGGAUGGUGGAGCAUACGCAGACGGUAUGAGCAUACAUUCCGGCACCACCGCCGCUGAUGAAGGAACAUUACGGCGGCGAGGCAACAGGAGGAAGCGAGGUGGAGGGGUGCUGCACGGUUUGAGUGAAUGGGAGGAUGUCUUUCGACGGCCUCAAAGUCGAGGAGGCCGGACAUGCUGCUGAUUUUGGCCCAUCUACAAUCGCCGGGCAAUUUUUGACGGCGUUGGCAUCCAUCCUCAGCGUUGUUACGAGCGAACGAGCGACGGCGUCUAGGAAUCUUCUUAUGUUGGCUGUUUAUACAGGCCACCGUGUUGUAUGCCUUUGGCUACUGCUGAGUUGGACAUAUAUCAUGGGUUUCCUUUGUCUUGCAUGUGAAACAAUCGUCACGUUAUUCGUGAGAUAUAGCAUAGAGAGAAAAAAGGGCAUGUCUGCAACUGGUUUGCAGCGUGUGUAAUGUCUAAUCGCAUUUCGGUCCAUGA